AUGUCCAAACACCAAUCCAAGCAAAACCUACCACCAGCUAACAUCUCCCAGCCCAGCUGUCCGAUGCACCAAAAGUCCGCCGAUGCAUUAACCACGACCGCGAAGCCCCGCCACGCCGCAGCAGCAGCUCCUCCUCCUCCCUCAGCAUGUCCCGUCCCCCAUGACCAAAGACACUCUUCGGCUGCCGCACCGCCAGCAUCAUGCCCGGUACCCCACGACGCACCAAAGCCCGCCGAAUCCAAGGGCUUUCUCCAGCAGAUCAACCCCCUAAACUACAUGUUCAAGGACCUCUCUCAGGAGGCUGCCGAGAACCAGGCCGUCGCGCUGCCAACGGAGAGAGAGCCCUCAACAAUACCCAGGGGCUCUGGCGACGGGAACUGGGAGUACCCUUCGCCUCAGCAAAUGUACAACGCCCUUCUGCGCAAGGGAUACACCGAUACCGACAUCACCGCCGUGGAGUCCAUGGUCUCUGUCCACAACUUCUUGAACGAGGGCGCUUGGGCUGAGAUUGUCAGCUGGGAGGAGCGUUUCGGCAAGGGUCUGUACAGGGGCUGGCAGUCCUGCAAGCGCGGCGAGGAGAACUCGGAGGAUAUGGUUGAGAGGUUGAAGGACGGAAGCGAGACGCCUCCGACGCUCAUCCGGUUCCAGGGACGGCCAAAGGAUAUGACGCCCAAAGCUGUCAUGUGGCAGGUUGCCGGCUGGCUCUACCCAUCCAAGUUUGAAACCGAGCCUCCCUUUGACCGACACGACUGGUUCGUCUCUCGCAAGGUCGGCGGCGUCGAAAAGGAGAUCCGAUACGUCAUCGACUACUACUCUGGCGAGCCCGAACCCACCGGCGAACCCGUCUUCUACCUCGACGUCCGACCCGCCGUCACGCCCCUCGGUGCGGCGGAGCGGCUUAUCAGAUGGGGAGGCGACGUGUGGUGGCGAGCUUCUGGCGCCGAAGUGCGUGAGCAGGAGCAGCUUGCGAAGCAGGUGGGGCAAAAGUAA